AUGCUGCUGGCGGACAACCGUGGAAGCACCUUUGGCAACCUCACCGCCCCAAGUUUCGUGCCCGCGCAGGUGCAGCAGGACAGACAUCCACCACAGCCAGGGCGGGGGGAGAACGCAGUCCUUUCUCGACAGGCUACGGAGGAGGGUGAAGACUAUGGCGGGCAAAGCGACGGCAGGGCUGGGGGCGGAGGACCGUGGAAACCGGGUUGGUUGGACGACAUUUGGGACGACGACCAGAUUGACUUCCAGAUCACAAAGGCCUUUGCGAUGUGCGGUGGAGGCGACACGAGGGCCGGGAGCGCGGAGAACGUCUACGUGGCCCCAACCGAGGCGGCAAGGAAGGCGGCCGAGGCCUACGUCGAGGAGGUGGAGGGCUGCGGUCACGGUGAACCAAGGAACUGGAAGGCGGUCAGCGAGAAAGGGGGAAGUUUGCUGGAUCAUGCUGGCUCUGUGGAGGGUGCGGCAAAGAGCUUGUGGCAAGUCAGAGAGCUUCGCGACCUCAACAACCUUAAGGGCGUCGACGAACCGUACCUGGACACGAUCCUGCACCCUGACCUUCUGGCGUACUUGCGGGAUGUUCGAGAGCAAGGUCUCGGGCACCCGGGAACGACAACGAGCCAAGCUUCACCCGAAUGCGAGGAGGAACGUCGACCAGCUGUAUCGUCAAAUUUGGAAGGACGUGGCCAAACACAGAGAGUCUUGGUGGUGCCGUCGUCGCAUGCCCUGCUGCAUGGAGUAGUGGCCAGCCCCUUCGAUGCUGUCGACAAGAUGCUGCCGGACCGCACCAUUGCAGCGGACAAGAGGGUCGCGCACGAGCAAAGGGGUGUAAAUGCCCUGACCGACAAGGAGUGGCACCCGCCGGCAGUACAACCGAAGCAUGUGCAAAUCGCUCGCCUGAUCCUGUGGCACAAGUGUCGCUGUCCGGGUGUGGAGGUGUUGCUUUCCAAGAAGGACAUUGCCGGGGCCUUUCGACUCCUGUGGGUGGAUCCGAGAGACGUGGCCCUGUUUGCAGGCGAGUUGCCUUGGCUACCAGCAGAGAUGGAGAGUGGCGAGCAUGUUGAGGGCGAGGACAUCACCGUCAUCUACCUGGUCAGCUCCUUUGGGUUUUCGGGGUCUCCAGGCGAGUGGUCGGUCUGGGGCCGGGCCACGGAGGACUUCUUGACCAGCCACCGCCCUGCAAUCCCAAGGAGGGAUCUGAGCGCCCCCUUUACAAGCCGCAUCCUGGUCGACGACAACGUGUUGGUGGAGCCCCUCGUUGGUCUGAGGCCAUGGGUGGCUGCCGAAGUGUACGAGAAGGGCGUGAAGAUGAUGUUGGGCAGCAAUGCAGUCAAUGCUGAAAAAGACAGCAUUGAGGGGCCGUUUCGCACGUUCCAAACGGUGUGGGGACUCGAUGUUGAGACGAAGGUUGAAGAAGUUCACCUGCCAGAGAAGCGGAUCAUGAAAGGGGCCGUUCUGCUGAGCGACCCUUGUUUCGACUAUGGCUGCAAGGAGAUCAGCGUGCGGACCAUACAGAGGUUCAGGGGAAUCGCCACGGGAUGGGCGGUCAUUGUCCCAGGCCUGAAGAAGGAGCUCAAGGCAGCCGACCGGUUCAUUGGGCCGAACCUCGAUGGCAACGCAAAGGCGGUGCCAAAAGUGGACCGUCCGCACGACGAGGAGGAGAUCGAGCAAGCGUGGCGAGACCUGUGGGACCUCUUUGAAGCAGCGAGGUGGCUUUGUGCGAGGCCGGAAACAUGGUCGUCAAAGUUUGGAGCUGGGCUGAGAGAACUCCUUCCAGUUCGGGAACGUUUGGCGGUGCCGGGCGCGUGGCAGCAGGGUGUGGUCUUCGUCUCCUCGGACGCCACCAGGACCAUGAUUGGGGCCAUCGACUGGACGAACGGGGCGGUCAUGCGCAUGAAGGUUGGCUUGGCGGCAAAGUGGGUCGGCAUGGUCACGGAAGAGGGCGAGGUCGCCAUCCAUGUCGCGGAGAUGUUGUCCUUCCUGGCUUUCGCGUGCAAAGUGGCGGCCAGUUGGACAGGAAAAGUUGUCCUCUACGGCGGCGACAACCAAGUGGUCAGAGAGUGGAUCGAAGGGAGGAAGAGUGGCACGGUGGUGGGGCGGCUCCUUGCGCGCAUCCUGAACAUGGUGGAAAUGAGGUAUCGCUGCACCGUCAUUGCUGCGUGGUGGCGUACCUACCAUAAUGCGCAUGCCGACUACGUGACCCGGUGCACCCGCCAGGAGUUUGAGCAACUCGUCAAGGACAAAGGGUGGAUCAUCGUGGACGUUGCGGAGGAGCUGCGCCAGGCCGUCGAGGACUCGCAGAUGUUUGGGCCCACGCUUUUGGCAUGGCACGACUCGGAUCGACAUGCGCUUCUUCGCCUUAAGGAGCAGCGGCUGAUGAGACAGGUCCCUCGGUGGAACCAACCAGCGUGGGCCAGUCUGAAGUGCGUCGAAAUGGCCGGCAAGGAGCGGUUUGUGUUCGACUUCCACGGCGGCGGAGGCUUUGGGCUGUCCAGUCAGGACAUCGACGUGGGCCGGCAACCCUUUGGAGCUGACGACAUGUCGGAGCAAGCUCGGUCCGCCGAUGAGCCCCCGUUUGGAUCCCACCAAGAUGGUUGGGCCCAGUCAAGAUCACCAUGGACGGGGGCGUUCCUCGUGACCUUUGCUGCCAAUGAUCAAGGGCCACUUCUGGUUGGACGGCAAGCGAAAGAACCUGGUCGGCACUGGGGGUCCGGUCGGCAAAGUUCGUGUGCUCACAGCCUUGGAAGUGCGGAGGUGCCAAGGGCGUUUCAGGAGCUGUUGGAUCAAGGCCGGUCCGAGCAGGAGAUCCUUGUGGAUGGAAACCGGGCAAUGGGCAGCCAAGUGGCGUCGGCUCUGUUGGUCAUGGCGGGCUACGUGGUCGACCAGGCGGGGCGGAAGGCUGGCAGUUGUGGCGACUACCUGGGGGACGAGCACCUGGCGAAGCCACGGACGACGGGAGGCCAUGACCAAGGUGCUUCGGGCGACCGUGACGGGCGACCACGGGUGGUCUGGGCAUGGAUCGAAGACUUCCUGUGGGGCGAUUCCAGCGGCGACGAGGCGGAGGACGAGAGCAUGGACGAAGGGCGAGCCGGUGGCAAGCGAGCCAAAAAGGGCGGGGCCGAGACAACUUUGACGGCCGUUGGGGAAGCACAAGUUCAGGAUCACUUCGGAGCGGUGUGCCCGUUCGAUGGGGAGGUCGGGGCACGCAUCGACGAGUGGGUCGAGGAGAACUUGUCUGGCCACCUGGCGGAGAGUACUAUGAGGCAGUACUCCGGCAUCUAUGGCAAGUGGAGGGCCUGGGCGCGACGUCAAGGCUGGAUGACAGAGCACUUGGAUAAAUCCCUCCCGACAGAAGAGAACGAGGACCGACUCCUGGGGUUCCUUGGCUACCUCGGUUGGCUUGGGUGCUCGGUGGCAACUUUGAAGCAGGCCGUCUUCGCGGUGAAGGAGGCGCAUAAGCGGGCCGGGAAGGGAGAUCCCACGGAGAGGAUGUUUCGCCUUUGGAUGCUGCUGGGCACCUUGGAGAAACGUUCGCCAAAGAAAAACAGGCGGCUCGGGGUGACCACGACAAUGCUGAAAUGGAUCGGCUCUUUCGUGCAGCAGCUCACCGGGGAUGCCGCUGACGACUUCGAUGGGAUCAUGCUCAACGGGGCAGCGCAAACGGCUUGGUUUUUCAUGCUGAGGGCCAAGGAGUACUGUGACUCGAACGGGGUCGACCUCAUGAUGAUUGUUCGAGGCGUCGACAUCAAGUUCGUCCUUGAGGAGGGCACCGGGCACAUCAUUGGUGUGACAUUACAGUUCCGGAAGACCAAGGUCGACCAAGAAGCGUUUGGCGAGCGCAAGACCUUUUACAGGUCCGGCGUUCCGGAAGUCUGUGUGGUGACGGCCCUGAAGAAGUUCGAGACCGUGGCACCGCAGCGCUUCGGUACGGGCAAUGAGGCUCUGAAGCCACUGUUCCGUUGGGCCAAUGGGCAGGUCCUCAAACGGAUCCAGGUCCAAAUCGUUUUGCAAAAAGCUGCAGUGGCGUGUGGAUUGCCAGCAGGGCGAUUCAUGAUGCACUCCCUUCGGAUCGGGGGAGCCUCUGCCCUGUUCCAGGCCACCGGUGAGAUCGAGUUGGUCAAGAGGACCGGAAGGUGGACGUCAGCAGCAGUCCAACGCUACUUGCACGACGGCGAGGUGGCGCUGAAGGACUGCGCGGGCAAGAUGGCCAAGGUCCAGCAAGAAGUGCACUACACGUAG